AAACUGAAAAACAUGGACACGAGAAUAACAAACAUCGACACGAAACAGGAAAACAUGAACACGAAACAGGAAAACAUGAACACGAAAAUAGAGAACUUGCAAGCGAACGUGGAAGCAAAGUUCGAAGCGAUGAAUAAUGAAGUGAGAGGAAUGAAAAUGAGUUUAAAUGAAGUAAAAGAUGGCUUUGAUCACUUGAAAGAAGCAGUACUUGAGAAGAUAGAGAGCAAAGAAAGAAAGCAGGAGGAAAUCACAAGAGAUGUAAGUGGCACAGCGAGUGGCGGGAGAGAAAAUCAACAUAUAUUUGUUGCUGGUGGUGGCGGGAGAAACUCGGUAGAAAUAUUUAACUACCGUCAGAGAUUGUGGUCUUUAUUAAAGCCCAUGCCAAGCAAUCGUGACGAAGCAUCUUCAUUUGUUUACAAUAAUCAUGUGACUGUAGCGGGAGGGUAUUGUCGUGGUUCUAGUGUAGAUAACAUGAUCCAAAUGAAGAUUCACCCAGUCCCUGAUCUCUCAAUUAACUGGAGUGAUUUUGCUGCUAAACUCCCUACCAAGAUGUUUGCACACAGCAGUGUGGUAUACAAGGAUAGCUUGUUGGUUACUGGUGGUUAUAACGCAGAUCAACGUGUCUUCUCUGACUGUAUUCACGUAGUCCAACUUAAACCACCUUACACUGUUAAACUGGUAUCCAAGAUGCCUGAACCAAGAUUUCGUCACAGCAUAGUACUAUGUGAUAAUAGUAUUCUGAUCGUUGGGGGAACGAAAUCAGGGAAAUGCAAAGACAACCUCAGCAGUGUGUUAAGCUAUAACAUCAAGAAGAAUGAAUGUCAACAGUUACGUGCGCUUCCCUAUCCAGUGAGUGAAAUGGCGACAGUCAAGUGGGCUGAGAAUGUCGUGAUCAUUGGUGGGGCUGACAAGGAUGGUGAACCAUUAAACAAUGUUAUAAUUUAUAACAUCAAGACUGGAAACAGUCAUAUGUUGCCUCCCAUGUUACACAAGAGGAAAGAAUGCAUGGCAGUUGUUAUUGAGAAUACAAUUGUAGUACUAGGAGGCGAGGAUGAAAAAAGGAACGAUUUGAAAUCAGUUGAAGGUUUCAAUUUUGAGCGAUUUUCAUGGCAGGAACUUCCUGACAUGAAGGAAAAAAGAUGCUUGGCUACAGCUGUUGUGAUCUAGACAUACUUGUAUAUAUUAUGUACAAUAUUUGACAUAUACGUCAAAACUUUAUUCAGAUUUUAUAACAUAUGGAUUAAAGAACUGCCUUACUCUAAGCGCUACAAUGUUGUAAUAUAGAUAUCAUUGAGUAAAAAUUCAUGCC